AUGAAGACGUGCAAGACGGUGUCUACAUGCACCCCACUGGAGGAGGCUCAAGGCACGCAUGUGUUUGAUAUCUUGGCUUACAGCAAGCACAAGGGCAUGGGCCACGGCGUGGACGACCUCAUACGCUCAGGGGUUUUCUCCGUCGGCGGCCACGACUGGGUGAUCUUCUUCUUCCCCGACGGGCAUAGCGAGAUCGAGGGAUCCGCGUACCUUAGGGAUGAUCGAUUGACGAUCGAAGGCGUCAUCACUGUUUUCAACAAGCCACAUGUUACCGAAACAAAAUCAUUCCCUAAAAUCGCCUGUUUUCAAGCAUCUGACAUGACUGAGCAUGUUAGCAAGCUACUUGAAGAAAAGCAGGGAUUUGAUGUCAGCUUCAUUGUCGAAGGAGAGACCAUUGAAGCCCAUAGGUUUGUUCUCGCUACGCGCUCGCCUGUUUUCAAAGCAGAGCUCUAUGGGUCGAUGCAGGAGGCGAGGCCGGGGCAAUGCAUAACAAUCAUGGACAUGCAACCUGAUGUUUUCAAGGCCCUGCUCCAUUUCAUCUAUACGGACUGUUUGCCUAGCCGUGAGGAUACCGAGAUGGUCCGGCUUUUACUAGUGGUUGCGGAUAGAUAUCCAAUGGACAGGCUCAAGCUGGUUUGCCAAAGCAUCCUUUGCGAGGAUCUGAACAAGGACACCGUGGCAAUCACAUUGGCUUUAGCUGAUCAACAUAACUGCCACCAGCUUAAGAAUGCUUGCCUUGAAUUUAUCGAAUUAUCAAAUUUCACGAGUGCUCUGGUGGCUACACGACGGUUAAAGGAUAUCAAGAAGACUUGCCCAUCUUUCAUAGUGGACGAAUUGGAGAAGAGAACAAAGAGUCGUAAAGCAUGA